GCGGGCUCACAAGGCAGCGACGUUGAAGCAUUGUGAGAAUAUUUUCACGUUAGCUUUUUUUUCAUACUUCGGCUGGUUAUUUAAAUGUUAUAUUAUUAUAUUAAUCAGAAAACAGGACUUUAAUCUUGGCAACAGUGGAGGUGCAUCAGUUUGGACAGUUUAACAUGGAGAACACCGGAUUAUUUGCUCGUUCUUUUUUGUUUGGCGUGACGUGUUUUUUGAUUAUGUUAUCGAAGGUGAAUGGAGAUGUAAGUUAUUCUGUUCCCGAAGAGAAAAAGAUUGGCUCUGUGAUUGGGAAUCUGGCUAGGGAUCUUGGAAUUAAUGUGAAGACGCUAGCCUUGCGUAAAGCGCGUUUGGAUGUCGACGAGGGCAGCAAUCGAUAUUGUGACAUAGACAUGAAUACUGGAGAUCUGAUUGUCGCUGAGAGAAUCGACAGAGAAGAGCUAUGUGGACUUACGACUACUUGUACGUUGAAAUAUGAAGUAAUUAUUGAAAACCCUCUGGAAUUACAUCGCAUUGUUGUAGAAAUUACUGACAUUAAUGACAACUCCCCCACGUUUGCAAAGGAAAUUAUCACAUUGGAGAUCAGAGAAUCAGCUGAUAAAGGCGCACGUUACGCUGUGAAUGAAGCACAUGAUGCAGACAUAGGAAUCAAUAGCGUACAGAGUUACAAAUUGAAAGAAAAUUCUUACUUUUCUUUUGUUUUUCAUAAUAAACCUGGUCAGGAAAAAUAUGGCGAGUUAGUCCUUGAAAAAGAACUGGAUCGUGAACAGGAGCAGGAGGUGAGGCUCUUUCUCACCGCCAUCGAUGGGGGAAAUCCACCUAGAUCUGCCUCUGUAGUUAUUCAGGUUACUGUACUUGAUACUAAUGAUAAUUAUCCAGUCUUUAGUCAGCCCGUCUACAAGGUAAGCAUACGUGAGGACUCCUCUUAUGGGACCACUAUAACCACAGUGAGCGCCACGGACGCUGAUGAAGGCGCAGAUGGCCAGGUGACCUACGAAUUUGGACAUCUGUCUGGUGACUUGCUUAAAUUGUUUUCGCUUGACUCAAAAACGGGAGAUUUAAUUUUGAAUGGUAACCUCGAUUACGAAAAACAAACAACGUAUGAAUUACGAAUUCAAGGUAAAGAUGGUUCGGGAUUGGCUUCUUUUGCUAAAGUUGUGAUAGAUAUAAUCGACAUUAAUGACAAUGCACCAACCAUACACCUAAAAUCAUUAAGUAACCCAAUUCCAGAAAAUGCAUUGCCUGGAACAGAAGUAGGUAUAAUUAAUGUACAAGAUAAAGAUUCUGGGAGAAACCGACAUAUUCGCUGCAGCAUUCAGGGGAACGUUCCUUUUAUUUUAACUCCCUCUAUUAAGAAUUAUUUCUCAAUUGCCAUAUCUGGUCCACUUGAUCGUGAACUUACAUCAGAAUACAACAUUACAGUUGUUGCUGUGGACGAAGGCACCCUACCAUUAUCUUCCUUGAAAACGUUUCAGCUGUCUCUGGCUGAUGUAAACGACAACAUACCUGUAUUUGAAGAGCAAUCCUAUAAAGCUUUUGUAGCUGAAAAUAACAAACCAGGCACCUCCGUUUGUUCUGUUACUGCGAGAGAUCCAGACUGGGGGCAGAACGGGACAGUGGUGUAUUCCCUGGUACCCAGUGAGGUCAACGGUGUUCCAGUGUCCUCUUUUUUAUCUGUCAAUGCAGACACAGGAGUGAUCCAUGCAGUGAGGUCAUUUGAUUAUGAACAAUUCAGAAGCUUUAAAGUCCAGGUUGUAGCAAGAGACAAUGGUUCUCCUCCACUCAGCAGCAACACGACUGUGAGUGUGUUCAUAUCAGAUGAGAAUGAUAACUCUCCACAGAUAUUAUAUCCUGCUCCAGAAGGAAAGUCUUUAAUGACUGAGAUGGUCCCUAAAGCUGCUCUGUCAGGCUCUCUGGUCUCCAAGAUAAUCGCUGUGGAUGCUGACUCUGGACAGAAUGCGUGGUUAUCCUAUCACAUUAUAAAGUCUACUGAUCCAGGACUUUUCAACAUUGGUCUCCACACUGGAGAGAUCAGGGCACAGCGGGACAUCACUGAAUCUGACAACAUGAAGCAGAACCUUGUUAUUUCAGUGAAGGAUAAUGGACAGCCUCCUCUCUCUACAACCUGUUCUGUGUAUUUACUUAUUUCUUAUAAUCUCGCUGAAGUUCCAGAACUUAAAGACAUGACUUAUGAAGAGAACAACUCCAACCUUACAUCAUAUUUGAUCAUCGCACUUGUUUCAGUAUCAACUUUCUUUCUGACUUUUAUUGUCCUGAUCCUCGCUGUAAAGUUUUGUCACAGACGAAAACCCAGACUGUUGUUUGAUGGAGCAGUCGCCAUUCCCAGUGCAUAUCUCCCUCCCAACUAUGCAGAAGUUGAAGGAGCUGGAACGCUCCGCAGUUCCUACAAUUAUGACGCGUAUCUAACAACAGGCUCACGCACCAGUGACUUUAAAUUCGUGAGAUCCUACAACGAUAACACACUUCCUGCUGAGUGCACUCUGAGGAAGAGCCCUGAUUAUUCAAAUAUAAUCAGUUUUACCGAUGCAUGUGAAACACUAGAGGUAAGUUUAUGA